AUGAGUUCGGAGCCGUUCACGCUAAGGUGGGGUAUCUUGGCAACGGGAGGUAUAGCCACAACAUUCACAAAAGACCUCCUCAUCGAUCCACAAACCCGCGAUGCCUCCGAUAUCCGCCACGUCGUCGCAGCAGCAGCAUCUUCCACGUCGGCAAGCCGUGCCGCCGAACUCCUCAAAUCCAUCAACGCACCCCCCACAGCACGCGCCUACGGCUCCUACACCGAGCUCGUCUCCGACCCAGACAUCGACAUCAUCUACAUCGCAACCCCCCAUUCCCACCACUACCACCACGCCCGCCUCUGUCUCAACGCCGGAAAACAUUUGCUCGUUGAGAAACCUAUCACCGUCAACGCAGCUCAAUGCCAGGAACUGAGGAAACUAGCGAGAGAAAAAGGCAGGUUCAUGAUGGAAGCUGUAUGGACGCGUUUCUUCCCCUUGUCACGGGAAGUCUGCUCCAUCAUACAAGAAGGGAAAUUGGGAGAUAUCAAGCGCGUCUUCGCCGACUUCAGUUUCUGGAAUGAUGUGCAAAAGGAGUUUGGGACGCAGCAUAGAAUGGUUAAUCCUGAUCUCGCGGGCGGCGCGUUGUUGGAUUUGGGGAUUUAUAGCCUAACGUGGUUGUUCAUGGCGUUGUGGCACUGCCAGCCAGCCGACAAGCGACAGGAACCGGCGGUAUCGUCGGCAGUGAGUAAGUGUGCGACGGGCGUUGAUGAGACGACGACUGUGUUGUUGCGUUUUCCGGGGUCGGGGGCGCAGGGCGUGGCGGGGACGAGUAUUAUUGUUGCUACGACGCCCAACGCUGAGCAUCCUAAUCCUGGGGGUGAUGCGGUGAGGAUACAAGGGACCUUAGGCGACUUGACGGUGGAUUACGCGCCGAGGCCAAGGACAUAUACGUUGACGCCUGCUGUUAAUGAGAAACGAGGGAAACUGGCGGACUUUGAGUAUGAAGUCGUUGAGAAGUUCAAGGAGAUACCGGGGGGUGGGCAUGGAAUGUUUUGGGAGGCGGACGAGUGUGCGAGGUGUAUCCGCGAUGGGAAGCUGGAGAGCGAGAUUUGUGGGUUGGAGGAGACGGAGGUGGUUAUGCGGGUAAUGGAUCAGGUUAGGAGGCAGGGCGGUGUCGUGUAUCCGGAUGUGAUUGAGAGUACGGAGUCGCCGCUUGAUGGGUUUGGGGUGUGA